AUGCUGUAUUUCAGCCAAACAGCCUUAAAGGUUGAUGCAGAGUCGCUUCGUAAUUGGUAUCCAGAGUAUGGACGAUAUAAAAGAAGUGUAUACACCCGAGGUGAUAAUACAGAAGAAGAUAUGAAUUCUUAUGACAAUGGAAUGGUUGAUUCAAGAGCUGUUAAACGAGCUGUACGACUAAUGAGACUGGGAUAA